AUGGCGGCAAACGGAGUGUCAAAUGGCACACACGCGUCCGAGCCGACCUCACCGCAAAGCAAGACACAACGCAACAGCCUCGCUCUGACGGAGUACUCUGCGGAGCCUUCAGGUCAGGACCCCUCACCCCUGGUCCAAGAUGGCACUCACAAGUCUGUCGUGCCGGAUCAUCUCCUUCUUCCCAAUGGCUUCCCGGAUUACAUUCGCUUGAUCACAACAGCAAAAGUCUACGAUGUGGUGGAGCAAACUCCCCUCACCCACGCCAUCAAUGUCAGCAAUCGGCUCGAGACCCAAGUCUUCCUCAAGCGGGAAGAUCUGCUUCCCGUAUUCUCCUUCAAACUGAGAGGUGCCUACAACAAGAUGGCCCAUCUCAGCCAAGAAGAGAGAUGGAAGGGUGUCAUUGCUUGCUCGGCUGGUAACCAUGCCCAAGGUGUUGCCUAUUCCGCUCGAAAGCUCCGCAUUCCUGCAACCAUCACAAUGCCCGUUGGAACUCCCGCCAUCAAGCACCAGAAUGUGUCUAGACUUGGCGGAAACGUCGUGCUACACGGACAGGAUUUUGACGAAGCAAAAGCCGAGUGUAACCGGAGAGCAGAGGCGAAUGGUUUGAUCAACAUCCCUCCAUUCGAUGACCCAUAUGUCAUCGCCGGACAGGGAACGAUUGGAGCCGAAAUUCUACGACAAGCAGACCUUAGCAAGCUGGAAGCUAUAUUCUGCUGUGUUGGAGGCGGUGGACUCAUUGCCGGCGUAGGCGUCUACAUUAAGCGAUUUGCACCUCACAUCAAGAUCAUCGGAGUGGAGACCUAUGAUGCGAAUGCAUUGCUCCAGUCGUUGAAGCUGAAGAAGCGUGUGACGCUUUCUGAGGUGGGACUAUUCGCAGAUGGUGCCGCUGUGAAGACUGUCGGCGAAGAGACGUUCCGCAUCUGCAUGGAAGUCGUGGACGACAUCAUCCAAGUCGACACCGACGACAUUUGUGCUGCUAUCAAGGACGUCUUCGAAGACACGCGCUCCAUCCUCGAGCCAGCGGGGGCUCUCUCGCUUGCUGGACUCAAAAAGUACGUCGCGUCCAACCCAUCCGGGGACACGAGUCGCCAGUUGGUAGCACUUGCCAGUGGAGCGAACAUGAACUUCGAUCGACUCAGAUUCGUCGCUGAACGUGCCGCCAUCGGUGAGAAGAAAGAGGCACUUCUCGCGGUUACUAUCCCCGAGACGCCUGGCUCAUUUGCCAAGCUCGUAGCGACGGUCAACCCAAUGGUCGUUACCGAGUUCUGCUACCGUUACCACGACGCCACAGCUGCGAGCGUAUUGAUGGGUAUUCAGGUUUCGGCAGCAACUCGAACCCGCGAUGUUCUGGACUUGUUACAGCGCCUGGAGAAGGAGGGCAUGACGGCGCGCGAUAUCAGCGGCGACGAAAUUGCCAAGAGCCACAUCCGGUAUCUGGUCGGUGGACGCAGCACUGCUGAGAAUGAGAGGUUGUUUGCCUUUGAAUUCCCGGAGCGCGGUGGCGCACUGUACAAGUUCCUUACGACUUUGCAGCCUGGGUUCAACAUUAGUUUGUUUCAUUACAGGAACUACGGCGGUGAUAUCGGCAAGGUUCUUGCUGGUAUUCAAUGCCCCGCUGGUGAGGAAGAGGGCCUCACGGCUUUCCUCAAGGAGCUGGGUUACGGCUACACCGAGGAGACUGACAACGAGACGUACAAGAUGUUCAUGAGAGGAUGA